CAAACUGGCUCAGAAGCAGUCUAGCAACAGCCGAGACGGGGGACUCAUUUUAAAAUAAAACAAAACAAAAGACUUUUACACACUUUGGAAAUCAAACAAAAAACGAUGAGCCAGAAACAGUCGAAGCCUCUGAAGGUUAACAAAAUUUCGGUGUUAAGAAAAAUGAUAGGUUUGGAUAAAAAGAAGACAGCAAAAGACUGCAUUGUGCCCAACAAUUCUGCGCAGAAUAUCCAGAAGCCGGGCCUCUACGAUCCCACAUCCAACGCCACGGACCCCAUGCUGAGCGGCAUCAUGACGCACAACUGUCCCUACUGCGAGAACCUCGCCAAGAACUUCCUGUACCUGGAGAGCCUCAUUCGCAACAACACGGAGUCCGCCCACAAGUGCAGUGUGUGCCAUGCCUCCCUCAAGUAUCUGGAGCACGUCAAUCGCAAUGUGCGGCAGGUGUUUGGCAACUCCGAGUCGCUGGUGAAGGCAGAUCGCGCCUUGAACACCACACCACCCAUGCUGCCCAAGUACUCGGUGACGCCAAUGGCACAGCGGGCCUCAGGCGGUGCUGUUUUGUCACCGCAAAAGUCACUCAAGACCCUCAAGAAAUCAAAGUCAAAGACAAAGUCCGCAAAGGUGCAGAAGUCUGCCAAGUCGCUGAAGUCACUCAAGUCCCUGAAGACAAUCAAGACUGCUGGAAAGGCGUUAAGCAAGGCGCUGAAAUCCUCCAAGUCCGGCAAGAGCUUGGGCAAGAGCAAGCAGCAGCUAAAGACGGGUUCCACGAUCCAAACCGGCCGCGGCAAGAUGGUGCUCAAGCGGAAGUACAGAAAGGCGGCGAUCAAGGCACCCGGUCUGGCCGCUGGACGCUUCAAGAUAGCUGCCAGUCGCUCCAAGAUGGCAGCCAGUCGCUCCAAGAUGUCCGCUAGUCGCUCUAAAACGGCCGCCAGUCACUCCAAACUGGGCCACAAGGGUGCCAGCAAGCAGAAGCUGCCCAAGAAACGAUCGGAGGCAGUGCCCAUGAGCAUCAACUGGAAGCUGCUGAAGAAGAAUCUGCCCAAGCGGAUUCCACUCUCCACACAAUGCUGAUCUUCUUUAACAAAAUUCGCAGUCAAUAAAUUAAAUAAGUUAACAAAUACUAAA